UUGUAAUAGUUCAGUUUGAGCUGAAAUAUAGGAAGAUGGCGCAUCGCGGAGGUGCCACGUCUUAUCACGCAACAAAACGAAGAUUAAAUCCUUUGAAGCCCUUUACGUGUUGUGUUAUUUCUUUUCUAUGUGCUUUCCCUUUAAUCGCAGACGGCGGUUUGUACACGGCGUCGGAUCAGGUCAUUAUUUUAUCACCUGAUAAUGUGGAUUCCGUCUUGUUUUCAUCCAGUUCGGCUCUGGUGGUGGAGUUUUACGCGACGUGGUGCGGACACUGUGUCGCAUUUUCACCCGUGUGGAAAAGCUUGGCCAGAGAUAUCAAAGAAUGGAAGCCUGCUGUGGAUCUGGCUGCUAUUGAUUGUGCGGAUGAGAAGAACAGAAGAGUUUGCAUCAGAUUUGGAAUCACAGGAUAUCCCUCUCUGAAGUUCUUCCCUGCUUACUCGAGCAAUACGUCCACUGGGCAGGACCUCAGAGGAAUCCCGAGGGAUGUGAGAGGACUUCGGCACUACAUUAUUGAAAAAUUGGAAAUGCGUGACCAGACGUGGCCACCUGCUUGUCCACCAUUGGAGAUAGCAAGUGAAGCAGAGAUCGACAGCUUCUUUCAAACCAGCACUGUGAAAUAUCUGGCUCUUGUGUUUGAAAAGAAAAAUUCUUAUGUGGGAAGAGAGGUGACGUUGGACUUAUUGCAGUAUGAGAACGUAGCUGUGCGCAGGGUUUUGGACACGGAGACAAGUUUGGUGUCCAGGUUUGGUGUGACUGAGUUUCCUUCCUGUUACUUAUACAACUCGUCUGGAAACAUCUCGAGACUGAAAGUACUCAAUGAAGCACGCGUCUUCUACUCAUACGCCCUCCAGAGACUGCCGGGAGUUGUGAGGACAGGCAAAGUUAAAAUCCCUAUCACCGAUCUCAUCCAGAACACAACCCUAGAGGAGUGGAGAACAUUUAACAAGACUCGUGUAUAUAUGUCUGAUCUGGAAUCAGCGCUUCACUACUCUCUGCGUGUAGAAGUGGCUGCUCACGUCAGCAUUAGUGGAGAUGAUCUGAUUGCGCUCAAGAAGUUCGUAAACGUGCUGGCAAAGUAUUUUCCAGGUCGUCCCUCUGUAAAGAGUGCACUGAAGACUGCGAACAGCUGGUUACAAGAACAGAAGGGCACAAAGAUUGAAUACAAUGAUUUUAGAGAGGUGCUGGAUAAUGUUGUACAGAUGAGCGACGCGGUGUUGCCUGAAGGUGUGCGAUGGGUCAGCUGUCAGGGAUCUCAGGCCCGUUACCGUGGUUACCCCUGCUCAAUGUGGACCCUCUUCCAUGUGCUCACGGUACAGGCAGAUGAAAUCGGGGGUUCAGACCCUCAGGAAGUGUUGCAGACACUGAGAGGGUACGUCAAAAGUUUUUUUGGCUGCAGAUAUUGUGCGACUCACUUUGAGAGUAUGGCCGACGAAGACAUGGAUUAUGUGAACUCACUAUCUGGUGCUGUCCUCUGGCUGUGGCUUCGACACAACCAAGUCAACAACCGCUUGGCAGGAGACCUUAGCGAAGACCCGCAUUUCCCCAAGAUUCAGUGGCCACCUCCGGAUUUGUGUCCCACCUGUCACAGUGUGAAAUGGACCGGCGAGCACCACUGGAACAAAGAGGAGGUGUCCCCAUUCCUCAAAAACUACUUUUCCUCAUCUCGCAUCUUACCAGACUACCUCCAAGACGAGACCCAAGCUCUCAUCCAGCAGAGAAACAAACUCACAGCCGCUCGGAUGGAGAAAGAAGCGGGUCGCGGUCCAGGGAGGAAAGCUCGAGAGAUCCAUCCUUCUUCUGCGACUGAAGCUCCUCAGGGAGAGGAAACUGAUGAGGAAGAAGAAGAAGAGGAAGAGCCCACCCUGGAGGAACAGGCCGGUGAGCAGUACCCUGCGGGGUCCGAGGGAAUGGAGGACACGACUCCUAUACAGGCACCUUGGGAGAAGCCGCAAUCCCCGCGCAAGCCGAGAUUUGUGGGCCUGAAGCUAAGGGAGACCCCGGAGGACAUAGUAGACCUGGACUCCUUUGUCGGCCAACACUAUAAAGCUAAAGCUCUCCGCGCCGCGUCCAUGUCAACCGUGGUGCGGCAGAGGAGUCUCCAAAAGCAGAACGAUGUGGAUGACGUCCAGUUUGAGAGAGGCUGGAGGGUGAAGCGGGAUCUGGGAAGCCGGGAAGAGAACCUUGGGAUUGAGCCGUACCCCAGAUCCCAAAGCAAACGUUGGAUGUCUGUGUUUAGUGUGGGAUUCUCCAGAUUGGAUGUGAGCUUGUGUGUCCUGCUGUAUCUUCUCUCCACUGUCUGUCUGCUAGGCAUGUAUCUGUAUUUUAAACUAAGGAUUAAACAGAGACGUGCUAAGGUGUCUCUGCCUUAGGUGU